AUGACAAAUUGUUGGAUGAAGACUGGUAUUUUACUCUUGGUAUCAAAUGAAGAUGUUGAACUUGCACAAAAUACAUGCUUAGAAUCAAUUGAACGUGAGGAAAGUGAAAUAUAUAAAUUAGUGGUUGAUCUUACUGAAGAUACAGUUGCGCGAGAAAUAGAUGCAUAUAGAGAAGUUAAUCAAACUCAUAUUCCUACAGAAGAAACACUUAAUGAUACCCAGAUUGUUGAAACUGUAUUAGCAGAACAAUUGGAGUACGAGCAGGGUGAUUCAGAUGAUUCUGACAAAGAACCGCCAAAAAUCACUGCUGCUGAAGGAAUAAGUGGGUUGAAAAGUUUUAUAUUGUUUGCUGAACAACAAAUGUGUGAUGAUUUCUUUUUCAAUAAUAAUGAUUUAAAAGUAUUUCGUAAAUACUUAACAUUAAUGAAGCAAAAAAUUACUGAGUCUAUGAAUCAAAAACCUAUUACAGAUUUUUUUAAAACAGCAGAUCAAAGUAUGUCUAUUAAUAAUAAUUUUUUUAAUGAAAUAAGAUUUUUUGAUGAUGGUAAUGUUUUUCCUGAUAAUGAUAAUUUUUUUGGUGGCAAUAAUUUUCUGAUGGUAAUGAUUUUUCAGGGAACAAUUUUUCUGUGA